CACGUAUGGGUUAAGGAGGGGUGUCUCUAAAUUUAUCUAGAUGAAUCGUGUUUAAAAAUGCAAUCGUUUUAAAAAGAGAAGGCUUGGAAUAGGAAAUGAGGCAGAUUUUACAUUAUACAGUUAGGGGAUAAGUCGCUCCCAGAACUCUUUGGAUUCCCAUGAUGCACCGGUUCGACAGGGACGGAGGAAAAGCAUUCACAAUGGUUUGCGGCGGGUUUACCUGUUCCAAGAAUUCCCUGUGCGCCCUGAACAUUCUCUACAUUAUGGUGAGUUUGCUGAUGAUUGGGAUUGCUGCUUGGGGGAAGUGGUUCGGCCUUAUUUCCAGCUUCCAGGUCGUGGGCGGAGUUAUCGGAGUCGGGAUAUUCCUCUUCCUUGUGGCAGUAGUCGGAUUGAUUGGUGCCUUGAAGCAUCACCAAGUGUUGCUGUUUUUUUACAUGAUCAUACUCUUCAUGGUGUUUGUUGUCCAGUUUUCAGUAUCGAGUGCUUGUCUUGCCCUAAAUAAAGAACAACAGAACCAUCUGCUUGAGGUAGGGUGGAACACUUCUGACACCACACAAAGGGAUGUGGAGAACAGUCUAGAUUGCUGUGGCUUUGCCAGUGUUAAUUACAACGAGACUUGCAGUGCUCCUUGCUUCUAUAAUAGUUCCUGUGUAUCAUGUGUAUCUAAAAUACAAGUGCAUACAGAAGAGGUUCUGAGAUUUGUUGGAGGUAUUGGGCUAUUCUUUAGCUUCUCUGAGAUUUUGGGAGUGUGGCUAACCUACAGGUAUAGGAACCAAAAGGAUCCCCGUGCAAAUCCAAGUGCAUUUCUGUGAUUUGAAAUCGUAAACUGUGCUAAAAAUGUUGCGCUAAAUCAUCUUAUGGACUUUUUCUGUAUCUAAAAUAAAUAUCCUUAAUUCUUGGAAGUUACCAGUUUUCAGGGGGGUAGGUUAUCUUUAAAUAAAACUAUUUUUGUAGAGCUGAGACUUGUAAGCUUGGUUUGAUAUACAAUAGCACUCCUGUGAACACACUGCAUUCUACUAUGUGCUUGUAGUCUGAUCUGCUCUCAGAAUUUGAAUGCACAAUAAGGUUCUUAUGUGAUUGAAACACUGUGCUCUUUAACACUUUUGUGAGUGGAGGUUGUAUAGCUGAAAUGACACUCCAACCAAAUUUGUAUUUUACUGACAAUAAAAAUGUAAUUUACUAACAUAUAUUUAUAACUACUUCAACUUGUAUCAACUUCUAAGAUAGGAAUAUGUGAUUUACCUUAUGUUACGUAAAACAGACUAAGUACAGUACUUGUUUCUCUGUUUUAUCUAAGGCUAGAUCCAUUUUUUUCAGUUUUGCUUUCUUUCUAAAUGAAAUAUGUUGGCUUUAAGGGAUUGUCAAUAUAGCAAGUUACAAGAUGUAUUACAUUUGUAUAAUAACAUAUUCUCUAUCUGUGCAAUAAUAAAGGCAAAAUUUAAAUGCAUACAAAAUGUAUAUCACUGAGAAACCUUUUUAGAAGCAGGUCCACGUAAGAAAGACCAACAUUUUAUCUGCGCCUCUCAUAACUGCAGCUUUGUAAUAAGCUAACUACAGUAUAUUAAACCCAGUGCAUAUUAGUUUUAUGAAACUGGAUAUUGGAUUAUUUAAAAUAAAGAAACCUAUAAACGAUUACCACAUCAUUACAGCAUGAAAAGUGCAAGAAAUAUUUGUUUAGUUCUUCUGCAGAAAUAAAAGCAUGUGGAUGAAAUAAAAAAAGUCUGAUUUUAAGUUUUAAUUGCUGCUGCAUUUAAUUGAGAAAAAUAGUUUCAUAUAGUUUAGUUAGAGCUGUGAUUUGCCUAAUAAACCUUUUAAAUCCUAGCUAUAUAUUUGUUUCUGGUGGGUUGAUGAGGGGUACAUUUAAAAUGUAUAUGAAGUGAAGGUAAAAUCUAAGCGUAGUGCUACAGUGUUCUAUGUUUUAUCUUUAUUCUCAUAACAGCUGUCGAAAGUAAUGGCCUUUCUUACCUGCUCAGUAUUUUGUUAAUACAUUUGGAUCUGCAUCUGCUGGAUAUGAAACACUUUUCUCAUCCUGUGAAUGAUUGUUUGUGUGUUUACACGAAUAAAACUCCUGUCAGUGGUGUGUGCUAAUA